AUGAAUUCAAGGAGGAACUCAAGAGACAGUUCUAUCCUGAAAACGCCAUUCGAGAAGCAAAGGCCAAGUUGUGGCGGCUCUCACAAAGAGGGAUUGGAGUUGGAACGACGUAGUGUCCAAGAUUUAAGCUUCGCUAUUGCCGUGGCUGAAUCUCUUGUCGAAAUGAGAAGGCAAGAGAAACCAAAGUUGACCUAUGAGAGGAAUGACAAUGGGAAAAAUGGUAGGGACCAUAUCUAUAACAAUGAAGACCCAGUUAAGUUUACCAAAUCCAAUGGUAAAGGAGAUCGGGACGAGAAUCGUGGAGAGAAACCCCGAAUAAAGUGUUUCUUUUGUGAAGGGCCGCACAAAGCAAGAAAGUGCCCUAUGAAGAACAAACUAUCAUCAUUGAUGGAGGAGCAAGAACGCCUUCACGAUGAAGCUUGCUUGGGGUCGUUAAACCUAAUCAGUUUCGUUACUGCAAAUUUUGAUGAACCAAAGUCCGCAAAGAAAGGACAACUAUUUGUGGAAACUAAAGUAAGAAACCACAUAUUUAACGCUUUGUUGGAUACGGGAGCCAACAACAAUUUUCUAGAGGUAAAGGAGGCAAGAAGAUUGGGGAUCAGGUACACUAAGGAGCAAGGGUGGCUUAAAGUAGUCAACUCGGCACCAAAUUUCUCCAUUAUUGACAUGGAUGACUACAAAAUGGUUCUCGGCAUAAAGUUUCUAGACAAGGUAAAUGUCAUCCUACUCCCUUCUUCCAAUAUGAUGUGCAUUCUAGACCAAGGCAAUACUCGCACAAUACCUUUAACAAGAGAGGGCAAGAGAGAAACUAGGCACCUAUCUGUCAUGCAACUCUCAAGAGGUAUGAACAAGAGGAGGGUCGUCCUAACAAUCACAAAUGACAAAGCUAAGGAGAUUUCAACAAACAACAACGAAAUUCAAGGAGAUCGGAGCUGGAAUUCAACCAUGGACUGGACUGAACUUCCAGGUGAUACAGUUAUUCAACUUUUUUCUCUUCUGAAUGAUCACGAUAGAGUGAAUUUAUCAUCUGUCUGUCAAAGUUGGUGGUCUCUAGCUGCUUCUCCAUGCUUAUGGCGGUCCCUUGAUCUUCGAGCGCGCAAAUUUGAUAUCUCUACAGCCACAUCUCUUGCUUCUCGAUGUUCUUCCCUUCAGAAACUUUAUUUUGAAGGAGAAGAAUCUGCUGAGGCCAUAAUCAGUCUCAAAGUAAGGACUUUGAUUCAGCUAAGUGGAAACUUUUAUGGGAGAGUUAAUGACGUAACUUUAUCUAAAAUUGUAGAUAUGAAUAAGUUACUUGAAAUCAUUGAAUUCGGUUCUAGCUAUUGUACUGGAAUCAGUAGUGAAGGAAUCAAAUCAAUUGCUAUGUGCUGUCUUAAUCUCAAGAAGCUUUGGCUUUCAGGCCUGAAAGAGGUUAACUCGAUAGCGAUUAAUGCUCUAAGUAGCAAUUGUCACAGUUUGGUAGAAAUUGCGUUUACGGAUUGUGAAAAAGUGGACGAGAUAGCCCUGACAAAUCUCGUAUCAGUUCAAUUUCUCUCAAUUGCUGGAACAAAACGGUUGAAUUCAUAUCAUGUUAUAGAGCAUUGGAUUAAGUUUGAAAAUUUGCUAGCAUUAGAUGUCUCGAGAACAGACAUUAGUGCAAAUGCUAUUGAUAGAUUACUUUCCUAUUCUCCAACUUUAAAGGUAUUAUGUGCUUUCCAUUGUGGGGAAAUGGAGCAAGAUAUUAAUUUUAGCCCUAGAAAUAAAAUGGGUGUAGAGUUGAUAUCCAUUCUAACUUCCAUAUCCACAUUGUUGGAUUCUCAAGAUAUCAUUAUGAUCAUGCCAUGGAUUGAACAAGUUUUAUCGCGUUGCCUUCUUCAUUUUGCAAAUAUCAAUCAACUUCUUCCGACGAGACAUUUUUGGCUUUAUGGAGGUAUAGCUUUAAUGACUAAGUUUUUAAAAAGUUUGGAAGAGGAGGUACAAAGAAGGGCAAUUAGAAUAAUUCCAAAAUUUGCGACGCUUACUUAUAGAGGGGUGGACGAUGAUGAUAUUAUUGAUCAACGAGUGGAGGCAAUAGUAGAUUGGGUAACAAUCUUUUUAAAUCUAGUCAAAUCAUCCGGCGAAGGAGUUAAAUUAGAGGUGGCUAAGGCAAUAAAUAUGUUGUUUUCGAGUGAAGAAUUUGCGAGUGUGACAGCCAAAAGAGGGAUGGAAGUUCUAAUGAAAUUGCUUGAGUCUAGGAAUAAAUUUAUCCUUGAGGAGGCUAGUAAUGCAUUAAGGUGUUUGCGUGAAAGGGUGCCAAAGAAUCAAUAUAAGAGUAUUAUUUUCGAGUGUGGUGACUUAGAAGUAUUGAAGAACCUUUUACAGAGAUGGACUUCUAUAAGUGAAAAUGUGUUGAAAAAUAUUAUUGGUACACUAGCAAUUAUGACAUCAGAUGAAAGAAUAAACGUGGAAAUGAGCAAAAAUGGUUGCUUAGAUGCACUUGUGGCUAUUACUCAGAAUUGUGUGUUUGUUGGAGUAUUGGAGCAGGUUGUUCAGGUCUUUGCUAACUUGAUAGGAAAUACACAUACAAAUGACAACAAUAUAAUAGUUGGAUACAAAUUACGUGCCCUUCAAACACUUGUACAGCUCAUUCGUUCACCAGAUAAACAUACAUGUCAAGAAGCUGUUGAGGCACUUAGUAACUUGUCUUUUGAUGAAAGGAAUCGGGAAGCAAUUGUAGCUGUUGAUGGCAUUGAAACUUUGGAUAUACAUGUCACUAUAAUGGCAACCCUUUGGAAUCUUGUAUUCAAACCAGAAAUCGCUCUUCGUGUAGUUGAAAAAAAGGGAAUUCAAGUUCUUGUACGCAUUUGUUUGGUUUCCGGGUCUGAACUAGCAAGAUUCUUGGCUAUUUUAGUAAUGGCUUACAUUUUUCAUGUCCUCCCGGAAGGAUGCAUAUACACUAUAAGAAAUUCAUCUAAUGAACCAACAAAGACUUUAAGGAUUGGAAUGAAGCAUAUUGAAGAUUUUAUUAACAGUUUCUUGGAUGAUGAAACACUUAAAUGUGAUGAUUUAUCUUUAACAUCCAUCGAUUUGUAUCGAGCUGUUGAGUUUGCUCGUAUACGGGAUGUGCAUCAAUUGAAAUGCAGUGGAACCGAAAUUGCACGUUUUGUUGACAUGUUAGGAAGUUCAUAUUCAUCAAUUAAGUCAUGCGCUGCGUUCACUUUAAUGCAGUUUACUACACCAGGUUACCAGAAUAGAGUGCAUCAUAUUCGUCUUAUAAAUGACAAGAAAACGAUGUCUACAACUUUUGACAUAUGGUUUCUGCUCUAG